GAGCGGCUCUAUGUCCAGCCGAGGGAGUUCGCUGUAGCCCUCGCGCGCAUGCUCGUACAAGAGGUUCCUGUUUCGUUUCUCUGUAGCGAAACUUUUCCUUGGACUGUGGUUGGAGAUGCAGCCUUCCCGGGGCCGGAGCCCCCGACGAGUCAACAAAGGCCACAAGCGCCGAGCCAUGGACGCAGCCAUCUUGGACCAGGAACAGGGCGGCACUUCGUCCCGCCUACUUCGCGUUUAGACCAAUUGUAAAGCAGCACUCCUGACCGGGACGAGCCAAUCAUAUCCUGAGGAAAGUUGACGGAGAUAGAGUCCGUCGUCGCUCAAUCGCCGUCUGUGUCCCGCCUCUUCGGUGACGCGAAGGCGGAACCAGCCAAUCCCUGCACGGAUAGCGCCCGGAAGAGGCUAGAGGCAGGUUUCAGCGUGUCCGCGACCUCACCGCUGGAGCCCUUGAGGGACGGCCCAGGCGGCAGGAUGUCCUGGUCUGGCCUUCUCCGUGGCCUCAACACGUCCCUAACUUGUGGCCUAGCCCUGGUUCCCCGGCUCUGGGCCACCUGCUCCAUGGCUACCCUGAACCAGAUGCACCGCCUGGGGCCUCCCAAGCGGCCGCCUCGGAAGCUGGGCCCCACGGAAGGCCGGCCGCAGCUGAAGGGUGUGGUCCUGCGCACGUUCACCCGCAAGCCCAAGAAGCCCAACUCUGCCAAUCGCAAGUGCUGCCGCGUGCGGCUCAGCACGGGCCGUGAGGCCAUCUGCUUCAUCCCCGGGGAGGGCCACACCCUGCAGGAGCACCACAUUGUCCUCGUGCAGGGCGGCCGCACGCAGGACCUGCCAGGCGUCAAGCUCACCGUUGUGCGUGGCAAGUAUGACUGUGGCCACGUGCAGAAGAAGUGACCGCUGGGGGCCCAAUGGGCUGGGCACCCUGCAGAACAUGAACCUUCCGCUCCGGGCUGCAGCAGGGUCCUCAGAUGCUGGCUCUUGCGCUUCUGGAGGCAGCCAAUCUUGGAUUCAAAGCCUGGCUCUGCCUCUUCCAUCAGGACCACUAUUAAACCAUAGGAGUCCUGGGGGUGCAAAGGGUGCCACUGUGUGCACACCCUUUGGCUCCUGUGUUCAGAGGGGUGGCCUGAGGGGCCUUUUCUGCGGGGACAGACAUUGUACUGCCCUCUGCUGGGAAGGGGUUUUAAUAAACAGAUCCUGGCGCUCCUGAAGUGAA